AUGUUGCCUGCGCGCGGCCUCCGCCUCUCGUACCUGCGCCACUUUAUCAACAGCCACGGCGGCGAGUCUAGCUUUGCUGGCAAGACGACAGCUCAAGUCUGCGUUGAGUUUGUCGUGCCGCUCACGGUGGCGUCGCAGCUCUCGCUCGUCGACCACAUCGCCAACGACCCGUCGACCGCCGCCUACGUCGCGCCAGCCAACUGGUACGUCUCGCACGCCUGGCAGUACCUCUUCUUGGAGACCGUCGACAGCCUCGAGCGCUUCUUCGCCGACCGCGGUCUCGCCGACGACGCCGUCAUUUGGUUUUGCGUCUUCAACAACAACCAGCACCUCGCUGCGACGCAGUCGUUUGCGAGCUGGUCGACGACGUUCAAGAACAGCUUGGCCACGAUCGGCAACAUGGUCAUGAUCAUGCACCCGUGGAACGACCCGAUCGUCUUGCGUCGAAGCUGGUGCGUCUUUGAGGUCUACGUGGCUGUGACCACGGGCGCGCGCUUUGAGAUUGCACUAGCGCGAGAUCAAGAAGCCACGUUUCUCAACGACAUGGCCGACGAAGGCGCAAUCCAUGGCAUGCUGGCGACGAUCAAGAGCGAGGACUCGGAGACAACGGUGCCGAGCGACCGCGACGCCGUCGACCGGCUCAUCUUUUCGACGUUGUCCAACUGGAUCAAGUCGACCCUCGAGGCGUCGAUCGCAUCGGCGCCAACGCUCGCCGAGAAGGCAUUGCGGUGGCAACAGCUCGGGUUCAUCUACGAUCGCAGCAACGACGACGUCGAGACCGAGCGCUGCUACCGACACGCUGUCGCCCUGUUUGCGCAAACCAACGGGCCCAACGAUCUCGAGAUGCUCAAGACGCAGUCCGCGCUGGCGUUUUGCAUGUCGUAUCAAUACAAACCGAAAAGCGAGUGGGAGCCGCUCUUCCUCUCCACGCUGUCGGCACUGGUCGCGCAGCUCGGCGCGACGCACAAGACGGCGCUCGUCACCCGCUUGCGCCUCACGGUCGCACUUUCCUGGAACGGCGAUCACCACGGCGCGCUCACUGUGGGUCUUGGGACGCUGGACCUCCAGCGCGCCACGUUUGGCCUCCGUCAUUGGCGCACGGCGGCCACGUUGAGUGCGAUCGGCGGUGCGUACAACAAGCUCUACAUGUACCGUGUUGCUGCCCGCUACCUUCGACGCGCCCUGCUCGUGCAAGAAGAAACCUUGGGUCACGACCAUACGUCGACGCAAUCAUCAGCGACGUGGCUCACGAUUGCCCUUUUGAACACGGGUAACACAAUGCAGGCGCUGCCCAUGGCAGAGCGCCUCGUUGCGAGCAGCGAGCGCGUCCUUGGACCGCAGCACGACAAUGCAAUUGUUGACAAGAUUACACUCGGGACCGCGCUUUUCAUGGCGGGAAAGGCCAAGGAAGCGCAGACACUUUUGAGUGCGAUGAAUGCGAUCUUAGAAGGCCGUCCCGAGCUGGCUGCACGCCGGCCCUUCGUGCUUGGUCAGAUCGCGAUUGCAUUUUGGUCCCAGGGCCAGUACGAAGAGGCCACCAACUACUUUGUCCGAGCACUGGACCUAUCGCACCAUAGAAAGGAAACGGUGUGGCUCUUCUUCCUGAUGGCGUCGACGAUUGCAUCCCAAGCCGUUCCCCUCGCGCGCGCACGACAUUAUGUCGAGUCGGCCACCGAUCCGACGCCCGAGACGUGGCCAGCGAGCUGUCUCGUGUGCGGCAAGGUGAUUGUCGGCCGUGUCGUCAUGUGCAAGGGGUGCCCCGGUGGCAUCUCUAAAUUUUGCACCAGCUGCCUCGCGCGCAAGGUCGCCCGGCUCCAACAGCUCUGCAAGCACGACCCGUCGACGACAACGUACACGACGACGCCGCCCCCGCGCCGAUUCUUCUUGGAAAAAGACCUCCUCGAAGCCUCGUACGACCGCGUCGAGAUGCUGUGGGUCGACUACGCCAGCUACUGUACGAUGCACAACGUUCCGUUGCACGAGCGCCUAGCACGGACCUCGGUGCCCGUUUUGAACCGCAGUUGGCACCCCAUGCUCUAG